GGGAAGGUUAGGAGGUUUAGGGUGUUUAGGGGAUUUAGGGGUAUUUAGGGGAAAUAUACAAUGGAAGAGGAUCGAUCGAAAACUGCGAAAAAAUGCCUGGUCCUCUUGCAAGGUAUCAGAAAUCUAGCGUUACCCAGCCGAUCGCUCAGCGAAGAUACCCAAAAUCGCCGUCGGGAAGAAUGCGAACGGAAGGCGCGCCGCGGCGAGAUGGACCCCCGGCUGGAGUUCACCUUCCAGCUGCUGAUGGACGCCACCGGGUUGCCGCGCAACGAGAUCAUGGACCACGUCUUCGAAGGCGACAUGCUCGACGAGAUCAACCAGCUGUUUUUGCCGCACAUGAAGACCCACGUGAUGUGGUUCUACCAGGAGGCGGAGGAGCCGGCCGCGGAGGCGGUCGACGCCGUCGCCAAGCCGGCGCUGAGACAGCAGCAAUUGCAGCCGACCACCAGCAGGAGCAACUUGCUGCAGCCGCUCGCCGACAAGAAGAGGCUGUUUCUCACCGACGGUGUCGAUGUGCCUCUCAGAGGUACUCUGGUGUAUAUAUUCAGGACGAAUUGCGGUAAACAGCUACCCGAAGAAGGCUUCCAAAAGGACCUCUUCGGCGGCGUGAUCAACGCCCGAAGCGUCGGCUUGGUGACCAGCAUACAGCGCGUCAUCGAGCACGUCUUCAUGGAGGUGCUGGCCCAUCCGAGCCUCGAUUGCGAAGACGACGCCGCCGCCUGUCCCAUGGUCAAAAACAACCUGCUGCCCAACCUCAGAUCCUUCUGCAGCGUCUUGAAAGUGUGCGAGGAAGUGUGCGGGGUUGGAAACCUCUUCGACGACGGCAAAACCACGAUGGGGCAUCGCGACGCCGAUGAGGUAAAGGAGCUGGCGAAGCACGCAGAUCAGAUUGUUGUCUUGGAGAACCGCGUCAAAGGCUGGAUAAAACGACUGGACGAGAUACUCAAAGAGAGCGAGCAAAUCCGCAGGGAGAACGAUUCCUCUGGUCCACAGGACGAGCUGGAGUACUGGAAGAAGCGGGGCGCCCAGUUCUCGCAGAUCGUCGGCCAGGUGAACACCUCCGAGGUCCAAAUGACCAUUCUCUGUUUGAAGAUAGCGCGCGCGAAGGUGCUGAAGGAGUGGCGGGAGACCGACAAGAAGAUCACCUUUUGCUACAACGAGGCCAAGGACAACGCCAAGUUCAUCCAGGCGUUGGAGACCAAAUGCCAUUCGCUCUAUCUGGACGAUCCGGUGAAAAUGCGGAAAUCCAUAAUGGGGCUGCUGCAAACGGUGCGAUUGAUACACAGCGUGUCCCAAUUUUACAAUACCUCGGAAAGAACGUCCGCCUUGAUGGUCAAGAUCACCAAUCAAAUGAUCGAAACGUGCAAGGACUACCUGACCUGCAGAGGCCAGGAGAGCAUCUGGUCGCAGGACCGCGGCCACGUCAAGGACAAACUGACGCACUGCAUAGCCUUGAACAAGGUCUACAGGCGCACCUACGAAACCGUCAAGUCCCAACCGUUUCUGCCCGGUCGCCAACAACAGUUCAACUUCUCCGAGAACUACGUCUUCGGCAAGUUCGACGUCUUCUGCAAACGCCUGGCCCGGAUCAUCUUCACCUUCGAUCUGAUCGACGACUACACCGGCCUGUUCCAGCGCAGAAUGGAAGGUUUGCUGCUCGGUGAUGCUCUCGAGGAAGCAGUCCAGCGGUUCUCGGACAUCAAGCAGGCCAUCGUCAGCAAGCAGUACGACUACCUGGACCACAGGAAUGUCGAUUUCGAUGCAGAUUUCGGGGCGUUCAUGGCGCAGACGGAGCAGCUUCGACAGGGAAUCGCCGAGACGGUCGAGAGGAACUUCGACAGCGUGUGGGAGACGCCCCAAGGGAUACGGUUUCUCACCAGGUUCGAAAAGGUCAGCAAGAAGAUUCCUCUGGCGAAGAUGGACGAGAAGUACGACAGGAUAUUGAAGUACUGCGAGAAGGAGGUGGAGAGGAUUAUAAAGAUGUACAAGAAGCAGAAAGAUGAUCCGCCUGUAGCUAGGAUGUACCCACCGAUUGCAGGUCGGAUCAAAUGGUCGAGAGCUUUGGUAUCCCAUUUGGACGAUUUGCUAUCCAGCGUUACGACCCAUCCGAUUCUAAAGACUCUUCCAGCCACCGUGGAGCUAUCCAGGAAACACGUCGCCGCCGAAAUCGUGCUCAAAGCCUACGAAACCGACAUCGUAGCCCUCUGGAUGAACCAACACGUAUCCGACGUGGACGUCUGCCUCACCAGGCGCCUCCUGGCCGUCGAUCGCGACCGCCUCAAGGUCAACGUCCAUCCGGCCGUGUUGCUGUUGAUCCGCGAGAGCGAUCUCAUGGCCAAGAUGGCGCUGCCCGUGCCGAUGGUGGCGUUGACGUUGCUCGCCAAGCGCGAUCACUUCGACGUGGUGCGCGAUUCGCUGCAGUUCCUCGUCGACGACUACGAGCGAGCGGUGGGGGCGGUGAAGCCUGAGGUGAGGCCUCUGUUCCUACCGCAUCUCAUCAAGCUGACGCACAACGUGGAGCCCGGCAUCGUGGAGCUCGAUUGGGUGUCGCCCCGAUGGAGGGAGUUUAUCGAUAGAGGCAACGCCGCUAUAGGGAACUUCAAGGAAUUGACUGAUAGAGUCCACGAUAUCUACUCGAAUCGGGUGCUGGAGGUGUUGGACAGCAUGCAAUCGGUGCAGUUGUACGCGUUGCCCGAAGCGGGCGAAGAGCCUUGGACUGUGGAGGUGUUUUGCAACAAAAUGGAUUUGGUCUGCAGAUCCGCCGCUAUCGAGUUGAACAAGAAGAGCCGGAUGAUCGAGGAGGCGGUGGAGGAGAUCCUGUCGUUGGUGAAGCGUGCCGAUAUCGAUCCCCAAAGCAGCCUCGACGAUGAAGCUUUCAAUUUCGAAGAAGAGGAGAAGACCUUGGAGACGCCGACCACCCAGCAGCAAUCCGAUUGGUCGAUGGUGUGGGAGUGCUUCGAGAAGCCUUAUAUUUUGAUCGGCAGCGCAGCCGUCAAGUCCUUGCAGGAGGUGGUGAAGGGCGCCUUGGGCGAGAUGAGGCGGUACUACAGCAGGAAAAUCGUCGACGUGCUGGUGAAGGUCACCAGGAGUUCGUUGGACGCGUUGCGUAGGAGAUUCGCCGAGGAAUAUUCCGAAGGUCGCACGCCCGUCUUCAAACUCAAUUCCAUGCUGCUCAUACCCAAAGUGGGUGUGAAGCCCAAUCUGGAUGAGGUCCAGGAAAUCCUGACGGCGGCCGGCAAAACCGUCACGUCGGUGUCCAAAGGAGUUGGACAAUGGUCGUCGGGACCGUUUACACAGGCGGCGGGGGCGGGGGCUGGGCCCAAAGCCUCCGGCUGGCGGAAGCUCGCCGGCCCCAAGCCCAAUCUAAUGGACAUUGUGAACCGUUCACGCUUCGACGGUCGCAAGGCCGCCAAGCAACAGGCCAAGCAGGACGCCGCCGCCGGCGCCGGCGCCAAGACCAAGGCGGAGGAGGAGGCGCGGGCGAAGAGGCGCCGCCUCUACCGGUUGCUCACCGACGAGCGACCGACGGUGCCCGUCCAACAUAGGAACUUCUUCGGCCACGUCAUGGAGAACAAGGAGGUGGCGAAGACGAUGUCGUUGCUCUCCACCUGCUUGAACGACAUGAAACCGGAAAUGGCGUCGUUUAUGACGAGAUGGCGGCCGUACAGCGUGCUGUGGAGGGGCGAGAAAUCCCAAAGGGAGUUGCUGAACGCGCCCCUACAGGAGUUCGAAUCCUCUUUGAGGAAACACGAGGAGUUGACUGAACGAUUGGACACCGAACCGGACGUUUUCCUCGUGGAAAAUUGCCUGGCCGUUUCCACGGAAAACCUCAAAUUCGGUCUGUUGACGGAGAUCAAAUCGUGCACGCACAGGAUCGGACAGGCGAUGAGGAAAAAAUACCGGAGAGAAAUGGAUUACGUUUACGCCGUUAUCAGCGAAAUGGACAGGAAACUGGAAAGGACGAUAAGAGAUUUAGACGAUGUCAGAUUGAUUAUGGACACUUUGAAGAAAAUUAGAGAACAAGAGGUCGACAUGGAUUUGAAAAUCGAACCGGUCGAGGAAGCCUUCAACGUAUUGCAGCGGUUCAAAGUGCCGGUGGAGCGCGAGGUGACCGAGCAGGUGGACAAUCUGCGGGACACGUGGAAACAGCUCCUCGAGCGCGCCAUGACAGUCCAAUUGAACCUAUUGGACAUGCAGCCGGUGUUCGAGCGCGAGCUGCAGACCAACCUGAGCAAGUUCAAACAGGACAAGGUCGAUUACUGCGACGAGUACAGGAACGCCGGUCCCAUGCAGGCCGGUCUCACGCCGCGCGAAGCCUCCGACAAGCUCAUUCUCUUCCAGAACCGCUUCGACGGCAUGUGGCGCAAGCUGCAGACGUACCAAAGCGGCGAGGAGCUGUUCGGUCUGCCGCAAACCGACUAUCCGGACCUCGCGCAGAUCCGCAAAGAGCUCAACUUGCUGCAGAAGCUCUACAAGCUCUACAACGACGUCAUCGAUCGCGUCAACAGCUACUACGACAUCCCCUGGGGCGAGGUCAACAUCGAGGAGAUCAACAACGAGCUGAUGGAGUUCCAGAACAGGUGCAGGAAGCUGCCCAAAGGUUUGAAGGAAUGGCCGGCGUUCUUCGCGCUGAAGAAGACCAUCGACGAUUUCAACGACAUGUGUCCGCUGCUGGAGCUGAUGGCCAACAGAGCGAUGAAGCCGAGGCACUGGCAGAGGAUCAUGGACUCCUUGAAGCACGUGUUCGAGUUCGAGAGCGAGGGUUUCUGCUUGAAGAACAUCCUCGAAGCGCCGCUGUUGCAGCACAAGGAGGACAUCGAGGAUAUUUGCAUAUCGGCGAUGAAAGAGAAAGACAUCGAAGCCAAGCUGCGGCAGGUGACCAACGAGUGGACCGUCCACGAAUUGACCUUCAUGACGUUCAACAACAGAGGCGAGCUGUUGCUUAGAGGCGACACCACGGCGGAGACCAUUGGACAAUUGGAGGACAGUUUGAUGAUAUUGGGUUCGUUGUUGUCCAACAGAUACAACGCUCCGUUCAAGAAGCAAAUACAAACGUGGGUGCACGACUUGUCCAACACCAACGAGAUACUGGAGAGGUGGUUGCUGGUGCAGAACAUGUGGGUGUACCUGGAGGCCGUCUUCGUAGGCGGCGACAUCGCCAAGCAACUACCUAAGGAAGCCAAAAGGUUUUCGAAAAUAGACAAAUCCUGGCAGAAGAUCAUGCAACGCGCCCACGAAACACCAGGAGUUGUAGCCUGUUGUGUUGGCGACGAUAUGCUGAAGCUACUCCUGCCGCACCUCCAAGAGCAACUGGAGCUGUGCCAGAAAUCGUUGAGCGGCUACUUGGAGAGGAAGCGCACGAUGUUUCCGAGGUUCUUCUUCGUAUCGGACCCAGCUCUGCUGGAGAUCCUCGGCCAGGCUUCGGAUUCGCACACCAUCCAGAACCAUCUACUGUCCAUCUUCGACAACACGCGCUUCGUCAGGUUCCACGACAUCGAGUACAACAAGAUCACGGCCAUCGUGUCCUCCGAAGGGGAGACCAUACAGCUGGAGAAGCCCGUCAGGGCCGAAGGCAGCGUCGAGACGUGGCUCACGCAGCUGUUGGUCACUUCGCAGGCUUCGUUGCAUUCGAUCAUCCGGCAGGCCCACCAGCAGAUCAACGACGCCAAUUUCGUGCUGUUGCAGUUCCUGGACAAGAUGCCCGCGCAGAUCGGGUUGCUGGGGUUGCAAAUGAUAUGGACGAGGGACGCGGAGCUGGCCUUGAUGCAGGCCAGGCACGACAAGAAGACCAUGCCGGACACCAACAACAAGUUCCUGGAACUGUUGAACACUUUGAUCGAUCAGACCACCAGGGACUUGGCCAAGAUCGAACGGACGAAAUUCGAGACGCUCAUCACCAUUCACGUACACCAACGGGACAUCUUCGACAUUUUGUGUCGUUUGAACGUGAGGCACGUGAACGAUUUCGAAUGGUUGAAGCAAUGCAGGUUCUACUUCAGAGAAGAGCAGGACAAGACCUUGAUCAUCAUCACCGACGUGACCUUUUCCUACCAGAACGAGUACCUCGGAUGCACCGAUCGAUUGGUCAUCACCCCUUUGACCGACAGGUGUUACAUCACCUUGGCCCAAGCCUUGGCGAUGAGCAUGGGUGGGGCCCCUUGUGGUCCUGCAGGUACCGGCAAAACGGAAACCGUCAAAGACAUGGGAAAAACUCUGGCUAAGUACGUGGUGGUGUUCAAUUGCUCCGACCAAAUGGACUACCGAGGUUUGGGACGAAUUUACAAAGGUUUGGCGCAGUCAGGCUCCUGGGGUUGCUUCGACGAAUUCAAUCGCAUCGAAUUGCCGGUACUGUCGGUUGCUGCGCAGCAAGUGGCUGUGGUACUGGCCAGCAAAAAGGAGAAGAGGAAAACCUUCCAGUUUACCGACGGCGAUAUCAUCGAAAUGUGUCCGGAAUUCGGGAUAUUCAUCACCAUGAAUCCCGGAUACGCGGGCAGGAAGGAGCUGCCGGAAAAUUUGAAAAUCCAAUUCAGAACCGUCGCUAUGAUGGUACCCGACAGACAGAUCAUUAUCAGAGUGAAAUUGGCCAGUUGCGGAUUCCUGGAGAACAUCACGUUAGCCAGGAAAUUCUACACUUUGUACAAAUUAUGCGAGGAGCAAUUGACCAAGCAGGUCCACUACGACUUCGGCUUGAGGAACAUACUGUCGGUGCUGCGCAGCCUCGGCUCCGCCAAGCGCGUCAACAACAAAGACACCGAGAGCACGAUCGUGAUGCGCGUGCUGCGCGACAUGAACCUGUCGAAGCUGAUCGACGAGGACGAGCCGCUGUUCAUGUCCCUCAUCGCCGACCUAUUUCCCAAUCAAACGCUGGAGAAGACCGCCUAUCCGGACCUGGAGGAGGCGAUCAACGGCCAGGUGGAGCAGGCCGGGCUCGUCAAUCACCCGUCCUGGUGCUUGAAGCUCAUCCAGUUGUACGAAACCCAGAGGGUGAGGCACGGGAUCAUGACGUUGGGACCCACAGGAGCCGGUAAAACUACUUGCAUACAAACCCUGAUGAAGGCCUUGACCCAAAUGGGCGAUCUGCACAAGGAGAUGAGGAUGAAUCCCAAGGCUAUUACGGCUGCUCAAAUGUUCGGGCGCCUAGACGUGGCCACCAACGAUUGGACCGAUGGAAUCUUCUCGGCCUUAUGGAGGAAAACCUUAAAGUCCAAACCAGGUGAGCACGUUUGGCUGGUGUUGGACGGUCCGGUGGACAGCAUCUGGAUAGAAAACCUCAACUCGGUGCUGGACGACAACAAGACCCUCACGUUGGCCAACGGCGACAGAUUAUCCAUGUCCCCCACCUGUAAAAUCAUCUUCGAGCCUCACAACAUCGACAACGCCUCGCCGGCGACGGUGUCCAGAAACGGCAUGGUCUACAUGAGCUCGUCAGGUCUCACCUGGAAGCCCGUCAUCAAGGCCUGGCUGAAGGGCAGGAGCGCCAAGGAGGCGGAGGUGUUCCAGCGCCUGUUCGACGAAUCCUUUCCGAAGCUGUACGCCUGGGGAGCGCAGAACCUGCGCCUGGUGAUCGAGGUGUUGCAGUGCAACGUCACCUUGCAGAUCGUCAGGUUGCUGGAAGGUUUGAUACCGAAGCAAGUGGUACCCGCCGAAGAAGUCUCCGCCGCCAAAUCGGACGCAGGCGAUCCGGAAGACGAGGUGCUGGAGGAGGUGGAGAAGCAGGAGGAGAACAAGAUCUUCACCGGCGAGCAUUUGGGUAAGUUGUACGUGUUCGCUUUGGUGUGGGGAAUGGGAGCCUACUUGGAGUCGGAGGAUCGGAGCAAGUACGACCUGUUCGUCAGAGAGGAACUAUCCGCCGUUCUGGAUAUACCGGUGAACAACAAGAACAAUCCCGAUGCUACAGUUUUCGAUUACGUGGUGAACGCCGAAGGCGAUUGGGUAUCCUGGAGCACCAUGGUGACGAACUACGUUUACCCGGAACUGGCGACGCCGGAUUUCUCCCAAAUCCUCGUUCCCAUACAGGACAACGUCCGGAUAAAUUUCCUGAUCGACGUGGUGGUGUCGCAGGAGCGCGCCUGUCUGCUGAUAGGCGAACAGGGCACCGCCAAGACGGUGAUGAUGAAGAACUUCAUGAAGAAGAUGAACGGAGAGAUCUACUUGAACAGAUCGUUCAACUUCUCCAGCGCCACCAGUCCCUAUCAGUUCCAGAAGACCAUCGAGAGCUACGUGGAGAAACGGAUGGGCAACACCUUCGGUCCCGCCAACGGCAAGAAGAUGAUCGUCUUCAUCGAUGACAUCAAUUUGCCGGAGAUCAAUUGCUGGGGUGAUCAGGUAACCAAUGAGAUAGUGAGGCAAACGAUGGACAUGGGGGGAUUCUACAGCCUGGAAAAACCUGGAGAAUUCACCACCAUCGUGGACGUUCAAUUCGUAUCCGCCAUGGGUCAACCGGGAGGCGGUAAAAACGACAUUCCCUCCCGUCUGAAGCGACAGUUCUGCAUCUUCAAUUGCCCGUUGCCCAACGAAGCGUCCAUAGACAAGAUAUUCGGAGUGAUAGCCCAAGGUCAUUACAACGUCAAGAGGGGUUUCACCGUGGAGGUGAGGAAUUUGGUCAAAAAACUCAUACCCUUGACGAGGACCCUUUGGAAGAACACCAGGAUGAAAUUGCUACCCACUCCAGCCAAAUUCCACUACGUGUUUUCGUUGCGAGAUCUAUCCAGAGUGUGGCAAGGAAUGGUUGGUACCCUAUCCACUGUAAUAGAAUCCGAAGGCUGCAUGAUGGUGCUGUGGAAGCACGAAUGCACCAGGGUGUUCUCCGACAGGUUCACCAUCGAAGAGGACAAGAGCUGGUUCAACCAGGAACUGCUCGACCUGGUGGAGGAGCACUUGGGCGAAGAGAUGCGCGUCAAAACCGAACCGAGUCCGGUCUUCGUGGACUUCAUGAGAGAUGCUCCGGAACCGACAGGCGAAGAAGGCGAAGACGCCGACAUGGAGCUGCCGAAGGUGUACGAGCCGGUGACCAACGAAAACGAGCUCAGGGAACGUUUGGACAUGUUCCUGGCGCAGUUCAACGAGAUGAUCCGAGGCUCCGGUAUGGAUUUGGUGUUCUUUCCGGACGCCAUGUUGCAUUUGGUGAAGAUAUCCAGGGUUAUAAGACACCCGAGAGGAAACGUUAUGCUAGUUGGCGUAGGCGGUAGCGGAAAGCAGUCGCUGACUAAGCUAUCAUCGUUUAUAGCAGGUUACAAAACCUUCCAGAUAGCCUUGACGAGAUCAUACAACAUCGGCAACUUCCUGGAAGACCUGAAAGUCUUGUACAGAUCGUGCGGUUGCCAAGGCAAAGGUACGACCUUCAUCUUCACCGAUUUGGACAUCAAAGAGGAAGGCUUCCUGGAAUACUUGAACAACAUCCUAUCCUCCGGAGUGAUAUCUAACCUAUUCACCAAAGACGACCAAGCGGAGAUCAUCCAGGAACUGACGCCGAUCAUGAAGCGCGAGAACCCGAAGCGCACGUUGAACAACGAACUGGUCAUGGAGUACUUCAUGAACAGAACGUGCCAGAACCUGCACGUGGUGUUCUGCUUCUCCCCGGUGGGCGAGAAGUUCCGCAACAGGGCUCUCAGGUUCCCCGCUCUCAUCUCGGGCUGCACCAUCGAUUGGUUCCAACCGUGGCCCAAAGACGCCCUGGUGCAGGUCGCCCAGCACUUCCUCUGCGACUUCACCAUCGCCUGCUCGACCAACGUGAAACUGGAGCUGGUCAAAGCGCUCGGUUCGAUCCAGGACAUCGUGAGCUGCACGUCGACGGAGUACUUCCAAAGGUUCAGACGCGCCACCCACGUCACGCCCAAGUCCUAUUUGAACUUCAUCGCGGGCUACAAGAGCAUCUACAGCGCCAAGCAAAUCGAGCUGAGCAACGGCGCCCUGCGCAUGGACACCGGCUUGGAGAAGCUCGCCGAAGCUUCGUCGUCCGUGUUGGUGCUGAAGAAAGAGCUGGCCGCGAUGGAGAAGGAGCUGGUGGAGGCUUCGAGGCGCGCCGAACGGGUGCUCAUCGAGGUGACGGAGCGCGCCAUGCAGGCGGAGAUCGUCAAGAACCAGGUGCAGAAGGUGAAGGAAAAAGCCGAAGCCUUGGUGUCUUCGAUAGCUGUAGAAAAAGCCAAGGCCGAGGAGAAGCUGGAAGCGGCCAAGCCCGCGCUGGAAGAAGCCGAAGCCGCUUUGAACACCAUCAAACCCGCUCACAUAGCUACGGUGAGGAAGCUGGGCAGACCUCCGCAUCUGAUCAUGCGCAUCAUGGACUGCGUGCUGAUCCUCUUCCAAAGGAAGCUGCAGCAGAUCGCGCCCGACCAAGCCGCCUCGUGUCCGAAACCCUCGUGGGCCGAGUCCCUCAAGAUGAUGGCCUCCACCACGUUCCUGCUCCAGCUGCAGAACUAUCCCAAGGACAUCAUCAACAACGAAAUGGUCGAUCUGCUGCAGCCCUACUUCGAAAUGGAGGAUUACAACAUGGACACGGCCAAGCGGGUGUGCGGCGACGUCGCCGGAUUGCUCUCUUGGACCAAGGCCAUGGCCUUCUUCCACGGGGUUAAUAGAGAAGUGCUGCCGCUCAAGGCGAAUCUGACGCUGCAGGAAGCCAGAUUGAAGCUGGCCAUGGAGGAUUUGGCAGCUGCCGAAAGACAGUUGGAGGAACGCGAGCAAUCUCUAAGAGAAGUCAAAGAACAAUACGACAACGCCGUGAUGGAGAAGCAAAGGUUAACAGACGCAGCGAAUUCCUGCCUGAGAAAGAUGAACACCGCUACUGCGUUGAUCAACGGGCUCGGAGGCGAGAAAGUCAGAUGGACCCAGCAAAGCAAGGAGUUCAAAGAGCAGCUGUGUAGAUUGGUGGGCGACGUGCUUCUAGCAACCGGUUUCCUCUCCUACUGCGGCCCCUACAACCAGGAGUUCCGGGCGAAUCUGGUCAAGUUCUGGAUGGACACGUUGCAGAAGCACCAGAUACCGUACACGCAGCAAUUGAACAUCACCAACAUGCUGGUGGAGAACGCCGUCGUCUCCGAAUGGACGCUGCAGGGUUUGCCCAACGACGAGCUGUCGGUGCAGAACGCGCUGAUCGUCACCAAAUCGAGGUCGUACCCGCUGCUGAUCGAUCCCCAGAACCAGGGCAAGUUGUGGAUCAAGAGCAAAGAGGCCGACAACAAUUUGCAGAUCACCUCGUUGAACCACAAGUACUUCAGAACCCACUUGGAGGACUGUCUUUCUUUAGGAAAACCUCUGUUGAUCGAAGACAUCGACAUAGAGCUGGAUCCCGUAUUGGACAACGUCCUCGAGAAGAACUUCAUCAAAUCGGGGUCCAUAGAAAAAGUCAUAGUAGGCGAUAAAGAAUGCGAUGUGAUGAAGGACUUCAUGUUGUACAUCACCACCAAGCUACCAAAUCCUCCGUAUUCUCCGGAGAUCAGCGCCAAGACCUCCAUCAUCGAUUUCACGGUCACCAUGUUAGGUCUGGAGGACCAGUUGCUGGGCAGGGUGAUACUGAUGGAGAAGUCCGAUCUGGAAGCCGAACGGGUGGCCCUCUUCGAAUCGGUCAUGCAGAACCAGCGGCGCAUGAAGGAACUGGAGACGAACCUGCUGAGCAGAUUGAACUCCACCAGGGGAUCGCUCGUCGACGACGAGGAGCUGAUCAACGUGCUGCAGGUGACCAAAACCACAGCCGAAGAGGUUACCCAAAAGUUGACCGUUUCGGUUACCACCGAGAAGAAGAUCAACGUGGCUAGGGAGGAGUUUAGAGCCGUCGCCGCCAGAGGGUCAAUUUUGUAUUUUCUCAUCGUGGAAAUGAGCAACGUGAACGUCAUGUACCAGAACUCCCUGAAGCAAUUCCUCAUACUCUUCGACAAUUCCAUCACCAAAUCGGAGAAGACCAACGUCACAUCGGAGAGGAUCGAAAUCAUCUUGAAGUAUCUAACCCACGAGGUGUGGGCGUUCACGCAAAGGAGCCUCUACGAACGCCACAAGUCCCUCUUCACGUUGAUGAUGGCGAUGAAAAUCGACCUGCACGACUGCAGGAUCAAGCACGAAGAGUUCAUGGCGUUCAUCAAAGGCGGCGCCUCCUUGGACCUGAACGCUGUCCAACCGAAACCGUUCAGGUGGAUAUUGGACAUCACUUGGUUGAACUUGGUCGAAAUCAACAAGCUGCCCACGUUCACCGGCAUACUGUCCAAGAUAGAGUCCACGGAGAAGGAGUGGAGAACGUGGUACGAAAAGGAGAAACCCGAAGAGGAGGACAUACCGUGCGGGUACCAAAAGAGCCUCGACGUCUUCAGGAAAUUGCUGCUGAUCAGAUCUUGGAGUCCGGAUAGGACUCUGUCCCAAGCCAGGAAGUACAUCAUGGAUUCAUUAGGCGACGAGUACGGCGAACCGAGCAUACUGGACUUGGAGGCCACCUGGACCGAAUCCGAACCCAGAACGCCGCUGAUUUGCAUCUUGUCCAUCGGUUCGGACCCAUCGCCUCAAAUAUCCGCCCUAGCCAAGUCCAAAUCCAUCGCUCUGAAGGCGGUGUCGAUGGGCCAAGGACAGGAGAUCGUCGCCAGAGACAUGAUAGAAUCCUCGAUGGCAGGCGGGGGAUGGGUGCUCCUGCAGAACAUCCAUCUAUCCCUGCCGUUCGCCACUGAACUGAUGACCAUGAUCGUGGACGCCGAGACGAUCGACGACACCUUCAGGAUGUGGCUGACGACGGAGGUGCACGAGCAGUUCCCCAUCGGUCUGCUCCAGCUGGCCAUCAAAUUCACCAACGAGCCGCCCCAAGGGAUCCGGGCCAGCAUGAAGAGGACCUACCAGAACGUCACGCAGGACUUUUUGGACUAUUCGGCGCAAUCGCAAUGGCCUCCGUUGUUGUACGCCGUGGCGUUCCUCCAUACGGUGGUACAGGAGAGGAGGAAAUUUGGACCAUUGGGUUGGAACGUUCCGUACGAGUUCAACCAAGCGGAUUUCGCGGCCAGCGUGCAAUUCAUCCAGAACCAUUUGGACGAUAUGGAUCCCAAGAAGGGCGUCUCCUGGCCUACUGUGUGUUAUAUGUUGGGAGAAGUCCAAUACGGAGGAAGGGUCACCGAUGAUUUCGACAAACGUUUACUCACCACGUUCACGCAGGUGUGGUUCUGCGAUGUACUCCUGCGACCCGGCUUCGAGUUCUACAAGAACUACAAAGUACCGCAAACCAGAAACCUCCAAGGCUACUUGGACUACAUCAACAGCCUUCCUGCUACCGAUAGUCCAGAAGUUUUUGGUCUUCACGCCAACGCGGACAUCACCUAUCAAAUCAACACCGCCAAAGGUAUUCUGGACACGAUUCUGAACGUUCAACCGAAGGAGGGCGGCGGCGGCGGCGGCGAGACGAGAGAAAACGUCGUCUACUGCCUGGCCGAAGACAUGCUGGAGAAGCUGCCCAAGCAGUACAACGGCUUCGAGGUGAAGGAGGCCCUGCAGCGCAUGGGACCCCUAUUGCCGAUGAACAUCUUCCUGCGCCAGGAGGUCGAUCGCAUCCAGAAGGUGCUCUUAGAGGUGAAAUCGACGUUGACCGAUUUGAAAUUGGCCAUCGACGGUACCAUCAUCAUGAGCCAGAACCUGCGCUGCUCGUUGGACUCGAUGUACGACGCCCGGAUACCCGACAAAUGGCAGAAGAUCUCCUGGGAAUCGGCCACGUUAGGGUUCUGGUACACGGAGCUCCUCGAAAGGGACGGCCAGUUCAGGACCUGGAUCCAAUGCGGUAGACCUUUCGUCUUCUGGAUGACGGGGUUCUUCAAUCCACAAGGGUUCCUCACCGCCAUGAGACAGGACGUGACCAGGGCGCACAAGGGCUGGGCGUUGGACUCGGUGGUGCUGCAGAACCUGAUCACCAAGUACGGCAAGGAGGACGUGAAGGAGAGCCCUGUCGAAGGGGUCUACGUGCACGGGCUGUUCCUCGAAGGGGCCAGCUUGGACAGGCGCUCCGGUAGAUUGAUCGAGAGCAGACCGAAAGUGCUGUACGAGCAAAUGCCUGUCAUUUACAUAUUCGCCAUCAACACCACGGCAGGAAAGGAUCCCAAGCUGUACGAAUGUCCCAUAUACAGGAAGCCCCAAAGGACCGAUCAGAAGUACGUGGGGUCCAUCGAUUUCGAGACGGAGCACAAUCCUAGACAUUGGACGCUUAGAGGUGUUGCUUUGUUAUGCGAUAUUAAAUAGAUUAUAGUAUUAUUUGA